CUCGACUACGAAGACUCACCACACCAAUGCCUUGAUGGACGCUUUACUUGACGGGCUGAAUGCUGCCCAGCACAGGGCAGUCACCAGCCCGGCCUCGGUGCUCCAAGUCCUCGCACCACCGGGAUCUGGAAAGACGAAGACCCUCACCGCGCGGGUCGCGUACCAUCUGCUGGAGCACAAGUACCGGCCAUGGGAUCUCGUGGUAUGCACCUUCACAAUCAAGGCGGCACGAGAGAUGCGCGACCGAAUCUGUGGCUUGGUCGGGGAGAAGACGGCUGCCAAAUUGGUCCUGGGGACGUUUCACUCGGUUGCUCGUAGGUAUCUCGUCUCAUACGGCCAGCACAUCGGCAUCGCGAAGAAUUUCGGAAUCGCGGAUUCUGCCGACAGUAUCGCUAUCAUAAAGAGGAUUGUGAAGAGGAGGAAUUAUGGUGUCGACCCUAAAGGCGCCCGUGCUCGGAUAUCUGGGAUGAAAGCCAAGAAUAUUAAGAGUGGCCAAACGAAUCCGAAAGGCGUCGAUCAGCAAGAGUUUGCGGCUGUAUAUGAAGAGUAUGAGGAAACGCUCAAGUCUUCCAAUCUCCUUGACUACGAUGAUCUACUCCUCCGCUGCGUCGACCUCCUCAUCGAGUAUCCUCAAUGCGUCAACAACGUCGAGGUUGUAUUGAUUGACGAGUUCCAAGACACGAAUAACGUACAGUACAAGUUGAUGGGGCUGCUUGCACAAAGACACAAUCGGAUCACAAUUGUCGGCGAUCCUGAUCAGAGCAUCUAUGGCUUCCGCUCAGCCGAAAUUAAGAACCUCAAUCAGAUGCAGGCACAAUGGCAUGAUACAAUAGUGAUCAAUCUCGAGGAGAACUAUAGAUCGUCAGGGGCAAUCCUGGCUUCUGCUAUGACUGUCAUCGAGCAAGACAAGGCCAGACCUCAGAAGCGACUCUUGGCGACCCAUUCAGUCGGUGAGAUGCCAGUGUUUCGGAAAUUACCGACUGCAAUGGACGAGGCAAAGUGGCUUGUUGCAGAGAUAAAGAGAGUCCAUAUUCUGACGGGGCGUCUGCUGACGUACAAUGACUUUGCUGUCCUUUUACGAUCAGCAGCGUUGUCCAAUAGCAUUGAGCGCGAGCUCGGGAGGGCAGGCAUACCUUAUCGUAUGGUCGGUGGUCACCGAUUUUUCGAUCGGGUCGAAGUUAAGAUCAUUCUCGAUUAUCUCCGAGUCAUCAACCACCCUGAUCACAACGACGCUGUGCUCCGUACUAUCAACACUCCUUCACGAAAAGUCGGAGAGGAAACUUGUAAGAAGCUGCUUGCCGAAGCAGAAGAGAAAAAGACAUCGCUGUGGAGGCUCGCACUUGGGAGCGCCCAAGGUACCUCGAAACCGAGGACAGCCAUUAGCAAGCCCGCGCAGAAGGGAAUAGAAAGCUUCGUAAACAUCAUUCUGACUUCCCAGAAGAGACUAGACGGUUUAGAGAACCAAGAUGGUGGGCUUUUUGAUCUCAUGGUGCAUUUGCUCAAGAAACUUUCGUUUGAGGAGUACCUGAAGAAGCAAUAUCCCGAGACCGAGGAAUUCGGAUCACGAUGGGACAAUGUACAGGAGCUGAUGACGCUCGCAACCGGAAUGAGCAUGGAUGAUGCUGUCAACGACAAUGAAGCUCUGCCAGUCAUCGACGCUGCAGAGCAACGGGAACGUUCACAGGCAGCAGACGCAUUGACGACUUUUCUAUCAAACGUUGCCUUGUCUACGGAGGUGGAAAAGUCAGAGGGAGAAGCCACGCCUCAGGUCACCAUCUCGACCAUACACGGAGCUAAAGGUCUCGAAUGGCCAGUCGUUUUCAUCCCGGCUGCGUACAAAGGGUCCAUACCACAUUCUCGCGCAGAAGACCAUGAUGAAGAGCGGAGACUGCUUUAUGUCGGUAUGACGCGAGCGCAAGCCUUGCUCUAUAUCAGCUGCCCUAUGAGAAGCUCUCAGUACCAAGAUACAGAGCUUUCUCCUUUUCUGGAUUCAACGGACAAUAUGGCCAGGCAAGGCCCUCCGAUUACGUUUACGGCUACGCAAGGCUUUGCACGGGUUCUCCGACGAGCUUGCCCUGCUGAGCAGACGCUGCAUCAGGCUCAGACUGAAGUCGAUAGGCUCGAAGAUGAUGCUUAUCCCCUGGACGGCGAGUCAUGCAACCCUGAAGGUUCAUACUGGGUUGGUGACAGGAAUGCAAAUGCAUCUGAUUUCUCAAGACGCGAGAAAGUGGACGAUGACCAUGGCUUCAAGGGUAACCGAUGGAAUGAGAGGGCUUCAACCACUAAUACGAAUGUCGCCACCUCUAUCAACCAGAUGCAACACUUUUCUGUUGCGUCUACAACAAUGAACAGCGGUUUCAUGAGUGCUGGCAUGGCUUGGACGCAACAGCGUGAGCAAGAGCAAGCAAAGAAAGUACAACAAGCCAUCAAUCGAUCGGUGAGUUCAUCAUUACAUGAGUUUAAUCAGAGGCCGGCCCUCAAGACACAAGGCUCGGGUCAGGGCAAUAUCAAAUCCUUCUUCGGUCCACCUAGGAGGACACUUGGUCCUUCUUCUGCUCAUGGCAGAUCAACCCCUGCUAGACCAGCCACGGGUGGGGCAGAGAAAGGAUCCUCUCAAGGUCCUGGGACCUUCACACCAACUCCUACAGGUCUAGCGGCCAUGAGAAGGCCAAACCGGGAAAUCCAAGCCCUUCAAGAUAUCUCCAAUACGUCGGCGUCGCAGCCUCCUCGAAGCUUGCAGCCGGCUGAUAAUAGUGUUCGCAAGCCUCGCCUGACACCCAUGGACAAUCGACCGCGAAAGCGACCACACUCGGAAUCAGAGUCUGAGACUCCGCGAUAUAUUUUGUUGAGUAGCUCUCCUGCCCCGCCGGAGGAUUCGGAGCGUGGGAAUGCCCCCACUGAGGGGCAUGCUGGGAACGCCAUGGGCAGCAGAGAGGAAGACAUCAGGGUAGAGCUGAUAGCACGGCCGACUGGCUUUCGCCCUGCCAGCACACUCCAUCGGACCAGCGUUGGGCAGAGACCGAAUGUGGCACCGCAGAGAAAGACAUUGGGCGUGAAGAGAAGCAUGAACGGGUGGAGUGCCCGCAUGGCAAAGCAGUAGUGCAGGCUAUAUGUUAUUGCUCCUCGAUUGAGGAACUAUAUGAUACCCACGAAGUGAUGUAACCAAAAGAAAAAAGUAGCCUCAGAUUCUUGUAAUCCAUGUAUGUAGUA